AAGAAAAAAACACUUGUGAAAUAAUUGCUUUCUUAUUAUUCUUACAGAUUUAAAUCUGAAAUACUAAAUAGCUUAACAUAAUUUUAGUGCUCUACUAUAAACGGUUUUGGUAAUUUAAGAUUAUUCAUUAUUGAUGUUCAGUUAAAUAAGCCACUUUUCAUUUUCGGAUUCUGUCGUGAUAAGUAUUCAGAAUGUCGUCCAUCGAACAGCCUUGUUACACUUUGAUCAAUAUCUCUAGUGAUUAUGAAAUGCCAAAUGAAAUGCAACUCAAAGCAGAUCUUGAAAAAGGAGAUAGCAAAACAAAAAUUGAAGCAUUGAAAAAAGUCAUUCAUAUGAUAGCAAAUGGAGAACGCUUACCAGGAUUAUUGAUGAUAAUAAUCAGAUUUAUUUUACCACUUCAAGAUCAUACAAUUAAAAAACUUCUUUUAAUAUUUUGGGAAAUUGUACCAAAAACUACAGCUGAUGGAAAACUAUUGCAAGAAAUGAUAUUAGUUUGUGAUGCAUAUCGUAAGGAUUUACAACAUCCAAAUGAAUACUUAAGAGGAUCAACUCUUCGUUUUUUAUGCAAAUUAAAAGAACCAGAAUUAUUAGAGCCAUUAAUGCCCACUAUUAGAGCAUGUCUUGAACAUCGUCAUUCUUAUGUUAGACGUAAUGCUGUACUUGCAAUAUUUACUAUUUAUAGGAAUUUUGAAUUUUUGAUACCUGAUGCACCUGAACUUAUUGCUAAUUUUCUUGAUGGAGAACAAGAUAUGUCUUGCAAACGUAAUGCUUUUAUGAUGUUGUUACAUGCUGAUCAAGACAGAGCACUUGCAUAUCUUGCUUCUUGUCUAGAUCAAGUUGCUUCUUUUGGUGACAUUCUACAACUAGUUAUUGUAGAACUUAUAUAUAAAGUGUGCCAUGCAAAUCCGUCAGAACGUUCUCGCUUCAUUCGUUGUAUAUAUAAUUUACUAAAUUCUAGUAGUCCGGCUGUUCGAUAUGAAGCUGCUGGAACGUUGGUCACUUUAUCAAAUGCACCUACUGCUGUGAAGGCAGCAGCUUCAUGUUACAUUGAACUAAUUGUCAAGGAAAGUGAUAAUAAUGUAAAACUUAUUGUUUUGGACCGCUUGAUUGCUUUAAAAGAUCAUCCUUCUCAUGAAAGAGUACUACAAGAUUUGGUUAUGGAUAUAUUAAGGGUAUUGUCUAGUACAGACUUAGAAGUUAGGAAAAAGACAUUGAAUUUAGCUUUGGAUCUGGUAUCAUCACGUAACAUAGAAGAAAUGGUUUUUGUACUUAAAAAUGAAGUAGAAAAAACUCAUAAUUUAGCUGAACAUGAAGAUACUGGGAAAUAUAGACAAUUGUUAGUGCGCACCCUUCAUACUUGUUCUAUAAAGUUCCCAGAUAUUGCUGCAACAGUGAUACCUGUUCUUAUUGAAUUUUUGUCAGAUAGUAUAGAAUUGGCUGCCACAGAUGUUAUGGUAUUUUUGCGUGAAGCAAUAUAUCUCUUUGAAUCAUUGCGUCCUCUCAUAAUUCAGCAUCUAUUAGAAGUUUUUCAAUCCAUUAAGUCGGCCAAUGUUCAUAGAGCUGCAUUAUGGAUUCUUGGAGAAUUUGCUAACUCACAAGAAGACAUUGAAGCUACAAUUGAACAAAUUAAAAUAUCACUUGGAGAUAUGCCUUUAGUUGAAGAUGAGUUGAAAAAAGCAGCUGGAGAUACAGAAAAUAUUGAAGAAUUCGGAUCAAGUGGUUCACAGUUGGUUACAUCUGAUGGCACAUAUGCUACUCAAUCAGCAUUUAUAACAAAUACUCCUCGAAAUAAUCAAUCUAAAAGACCUCCAUUACGGCAAUAUUUAAUUGAUGGAGAUUAUUAUAUUGGUGCAGCAUUGGGCACUACUUUUACUAAAUUAGGCAUUAGAUAUGCUGAAAUUUGGGAAGGACAAGAUCCAAUUAAGGCCAAUCAAUUUUGUGUCAAUCUAAUGUUAAUUCUGACUUACAUUUUAAGGCUUGGAAAAUCAGGAAUUUGUUCAAAACCAAUUGGUAUUGAUGAUGAAGAUAAGAUUUUGGAAAGUAUUAAAAUAUUGAAUAAUAGAGAUACUGAAAUUGAAAAUAUUUAUCUCCAAGAAUGUAGUAAAUCAUUGAAUGAAAUGUUGGCUGCUAAAGUGGAUGAAGAAAGUAGUAACAAAAAAGCUAAAGAAAAACCAGGACAUAAGGUAAAUGUAGAUGAUGCUAUUGUAUUUUUGCGAACAAGCAGUAAUGGUACCGAAGGUACCGAAAAUGUAUUCGAACUUAGCUUAAAUCAGGCAGUUGCUGGUGGUAGUUCUAUUCAUCAAAGUAGUGGUGAUGGCGCAUCAGGUCUUUCAACCAAUAGCAAACUGAAUAAAGUUACUCAACUUACUGGAUUUUCUGACCCAGUUUAUGCUGAAGCUUAUGUACAUGUAAAUCAAUAUGAUAUUGUUUUAGAUGUGUUGAUUGUUAAUCAAACAGGUGAUACAUUGCAAAAUUGUACUCUUGAGUUAGCAACAAUGGGAGAUCUGAAAUUAGUAGAAAAACCACAACCUGUAGUUUUGGCUCCUCAUGAUUUUUGUAAUAUUAAAGCCAGUGUUAAAGUUGCUUCUACUGAAAAUGGCAUAAUUUUUGGCAAUAUAGUUUAUGAUAUUGGCGGUGCAAUUGGUGAUCGCAAUGUGGUUGUAUUAGAUGACAUUCGUAUAGAUAUAAUGGAUUAUAUAAUGCCAGCUAUAUGUAAUGAUUCCGAGUUCCGUCAAAUGUGGACAGAGUUUGAAUGGGAAAACAAAGUUUCUGUUUCUACAAGUUUGACCGAUCUCAAUGAAUACUUGGCUCAUUUAUUAAAGAGCACCAACAUGAAAUGUCUGACUCCUGAAAAAGCAUUAUCUGGACAGUGUGGAUUUAUGGCGGCAAAUUUAUAUGCAAGAUCAAUAUUUGGUGAAGAUGCACUAGCAAAUUUGAGUAUUGAAAAAGGAAUAGAUAAACCACAAGUUAGUGGUCAUAUUCGAAUUCGAGCUAAAAGUCAGGGUAUGGCACUCAGUCUUGGAGAUAAAAUAAAUAUGAUGCAAAAGCGACCAUACAAAGCAGUUGCUGCCUAAGUUAGACAAACUUAAACAGACAGUUGCUGAUUUAAUUAUAAAAUUUUUAUCCUAAGUUAAUCAUUAUUACUUUAUAUUUGGUAUUGUAUUCUUAAUUUUAUAUU